AAUGCUUCAUCACCUUUCCUCUGGGAAGCCCUACCUGGCAGCCCUGAGACACCCAGGACAGCUCAAUCAGGCUGUGGGCAGUUUCUGCUGCUCAGGGUGGGACAGGAGUCAACCAGACACAAACAGGCACUCCACGAGUCAGGGCAGAUCUCUCUCCCUUCCCAGCUGCACUGCACGGACUGAUUUCUGGCUUCCAGCAAUCGAGGAAAUGGAUCUCUUUGCAUUCUCCGAGGGGCAUCAAUAGAAGUUUUACAAUGAUUGCCAUGGACAUAGCUGCAUCUCUUGAUGUAGCAAAUAUAACUGACCCACUCUUGAGUUACGACAUAGCUGUCCUUGGGAACUGCACAGACAACGUGGAGGAACUCAAAAGAUCCUACCUGCCGCCGCUAUAUGGCUUGAUCUUUGUGGUGGCCUUUCCGGGCAACAUCAUUGCCAUCUCUGUGUACGCUUUCAAGAUGAGACCCUGGAAGAGCAGCACCAUCAUUAUGUUCAAUGUCGCCCUCACAGAUUUAUUGUACUUAACGAGCCUUCCUUUCCUGAUUCACUACUAUGCCAACGGAGAGCACUGGGUCUUCGGACACUUCAUGUGCAAGUUCAUCCGCUUUGGUUUCCAUUUCAACCUCUACAGCAGCAUCCUCUUUCUAACGUGCUUCAGCGUCUUCCGAUACUUAGCGGUCGUCCACCCCAUAAGGACUUUUCACUAUCGGAAGAGGUCAUGGACCAUCGUGGCCUGUGUCGUGGCUUGGGCCGUCUCACUGGCCGUCGUGACGCCCGUCAACUUUUUGAUUACUUCCACGGAUCAAGAGAACAGAUUCGCUUGCCUUGACCUUACCAGUUCCCACAACCUGGAUGUUAUUCGAUGGUAUAACUGGCUUUUAACGGGCUUGAUUUUCUAUGUGCCUUUAAUAACAGUGACCAUUUGCUACGCCCUGGUCAUCUACGCUUUGGCGACGGGCCCACACACUCAAAACCCUUAUAAACAGAAGGCUCGUAAACUUGCCUUUCUCCUUCUGGUGGUCUUUUAUGUGUGUUUUCUGCCCUUCCAUGUUUUUAGGAUCACCCGGAUUGAAUUAAGGCUGUAUCCAGUCAGCUGUGAGGUUGAACACCAAAUCCACGCCAUCUACAUUAUUUGUAGACCCCUGGCUGCCCUGAACACGUGUGCCAACCUGUUGCUUUAUGCCAUCAUCAGUGAUAAUUUCCAGCAGGCUAUUCAGUCUCUUGCAAGAUGUGGGUUUAGCAACUACCUGCAACAAACAGGGAGUAACAGUGAACUGAACAAAUCUGGGAUAUUUAAAUUAUGA